AUGGCAAAAACAUCAGCCCCUUUAGCGGCAUUUCUUCUUUCCAGUUUCUUGGUUGUCACGGCACGUGCAGCAGAUGAGUACAUGAAAUACAAGGACCCCAAGCAGCCGAUUAGCAAGCGGAUUCGGGACCUCUUGAAACGAAUGAAUCUCGAUGUAAAGAUUGGUGAGAUGGUACAAAUCGACCGUCAAGUAGCCACUGCAGAGGUCAUGAGGGACUACAAAAUCGGCAGCAUCUUAAGUGGAGGAGGAAGCGUACCACGCCUUCAAGCCACCCUGCAAGAAUGGAUCAACAUGGUUAAUAGUUUCCAAAAUGGUUCACUCUCAACCAGGCUAGGGAUUCCAAUGAUUUAUGGCAUUGAUGCUGUCCAUGGACAUAACAAUGUGUAUAACGCCACCAUAUUUCCUCAUAACGUUGGCCUUGGUGCUACAAGGGAUCCUGAUCUUGUGAAGAGGAUUGGAUCUGCAACAGCUCCUGAAGUUAGAGCUACUGGCAUAAACUAUGUUUUUGCACCUUGUGUUGGUAACGCAAAGUACACUAUCCCACAUUGA